GUUCUCGGGGCUGUGUCGUGUUAUUUGCUUGUUCUCUAUUUUUAAGAAAAUUCAGGAAGUUGGAAGCAGUAGUUAGACUUCAGGCCCAACUGUAAAUGACGAAGGGGCUUCUUCCAAAGCCAAGCAGGAAGGGCUGUCCGGAUAAUCACCAGAAUGGGAGUGAAUGACUUGUGGCCAAUUUUGGAGCCUGUUAAGCAACACAUCCAUUUGCAGAAUCUCAGUGGGAAAACCAUUGCAGUCGAUCUCAGUCUCUGGGUGUGUGAGGCACAGACAGUAAAAAAAAUGGUUGGAACGGUCAUGAAGCCUCACCUCAGGAAUUUAUUUUUUCGUAUUUCAUAUUUAACUCAAAUGGAUGUAAAACUAGUUUUUGUUAUGGAAGGGGUGCCACCACAGCUAAAAGCUGAUGUCAUAAACAAGAGGAAUCAGAUGCGUUACGGGACUUCUGGAAAAAUGUGGUCUCAGAAAACAGGGAGAUCACAUUUCAAGUCAGUCUUGAAAGAGUGCCUUGAAAUGCUUGAAUGUUUGGGAAUCCCCUGGGUCCAAGCUGCGGGGGAAGCAGAGGCCAUGUGUGCUUACCUCAACGCUGCUGGCCAUGUAGACGGCUGUCUUACCAAUGAUGGGGAUGCCUUCCUCUAUGGGGCCCACACUGUUUACAGGAAUUUCACUAUGAACACAAAGGACCCACAUGUUGACUGUUACACAAUGUCAUCUAUCAAGAGUAAACUGGGUUUGGACAGAGAUGCUCUGGUUGGACUAGCAAUACUUCUUGGUUGUGAUUAUCUUCCAAAGGGAAUCCCUGGAGUUGGAAAAGAACAAGCAUUAAAACUUAUACAGAUUUUAGAAGGGCAAAGUUUGCUUCAGAGGUUUAAUCAGUGGAAUGAAAAAUCUUGUUCUGCUACUUCACAACCACUAGCCACUAAAAAAGUGGCUCAUUGCUCUGUGUGCUCCCACCCAGGUUCACCUAAGGAUCAUGAGCGUAAUGGCUGCAAAUUUUGCAAAAGUGAUAGGUAUUGUGAGCCCCAUGAUUAUGAAUACAGCUGUCCUUGUGAGUGGCACCAGUCAGAACAUGAUAGGCAACUGCAUGGAGUAGAGAACAAUAUUAUGAAGAAAGCUUGCCAUUGUGAGGGAUUUCCAUUCCAUGAGGUUAUUCAAGAAUUCCUUGUGAACAAGGAUAAAUUGGUAAAGGUUAUCUGGUACCAGAGACCUAACUUAUUACUCUUUCAGAGAUUCACUCUCGAAAAAAUGGAGUGGCCAAAUCACUAUGCCUGUGAGAAACUAUUGGUGCUUUUGACCCGCUAUGACAUGAUUGAAAGAAAACUUGGUAGAAAGAACUCUAACCAACUGCAGCCAAUCAGGAUUGUCAAGCCCCGAAUCAGAAAUGGAGUCCGUUGUUUUGAAAUAGAAUGGGAAAAGCCUGAACAUUAUGCUAUAGAAGAAAAACAACCUGGAGAACUUGGUCUACUUACAGUUGAAGAAGAAUCACUAUUUCAAGCAGCCUAUCCUGAGAUCGUUGCUCUUUACCAAAAACAAAAGCUGGAAGUUAAAGGGAAGAAACAAAAAAGUGUGAAAGUUAAGCCUAAAGAAAACAAUUUGCCACAAUCAGAUGAUGUAAUAACUUUCCAAUCACCUUUGACUUUAAAACCCAUGUGUGAAGUUUUUCCUAAGCAGAAUUCCAAGUUAAAUUUGGAAAUUUCUUCUCAUUCUCUAUUACCACAGGAACCUCUUUCUGCCUCCCUGAACAGCUUGCUUUUACAUGAAGAUGCUCCUUGUUUGAAUAUACAAGAACAGUUAAUGCCUUCUCCAAGGCUUUUUAUUACAGAGCCAAUUAAAGAUGUUAAUAAGUCUCUAAUUUCAGAAUCUAAUCAACCCAAUACUUCAUCUCAUAGUAUAUCUGUGAUUGCUAAUCUACAUUUGAGCACCAUUGACUGGGAAGAUACUUCUUUUAGUAAUUCUCCAGAUAAUCAAAGGGCUACAUUCUCUCACAACUUAAAACCAGAACUUCAAGCAAAGCUAGCAGCCAUCUCUCAUGGCUUUGAAAAUAUCCCGGAACAAUUCCCAUGCGAAUCAGAAAAUUGCACCACAAGCAAUAAAGUGUUGGGUGGGGAUCUUCAGAAGAUUAGUCCUGAAGAGCAUCUUCUCUCUGGUAUUACUAAUUUAUAUCUUCAGGAUUUGCCUUUAAAGGAACGAAUAAAUAUAAAAUUAGCACAUGCCAAAAGCAAUGCACAACCAGAUGUGGGCCUCAAAACAGUAUCCUUAUCAAGGGAAAAAAAAUCACACAGGAUUAAUAAUAAUUUUGCUUGUCCAUUGCAUCUUUCAAAUGAUCUUGCAGGAAUUCAGUUGCAAAAUGAGUCCAGAAUCUCUGAAGUUCUAAAAGGAGACCAGCUGUUUCAAGAAAAGUAUAAGAUGAAUACUUCUCUACCACAUACUGUCAAUAACCCACUAGUAAAGACCUCCAAUGUUCACAUCGGGCCACCAACUACUGCUUUAGAUCACAGUAGAAAAGACAAGCAAACCACUAAGAAAAUUGUGAAGAGUAGUGUUUGCCUUGACAAAUACUCCUCUGAUGAAGAAAGUGACCCAACGUUUUGGAAAGCAAAGAAUACGACUCGAAACGUAAAGCCCAGUACUCAGAAAAAUAACCCCCAAUUGAAAGAAAGUGGCUACAACAAAUUCAGUAGUACUAAAGAAACUGAACUGCCUGUUGUAUCUUAUAAGACAGCUAGAAAUGAAGAAAACUGUUUUCCAGAUACAGUAAAAAGUUAUCAGAGUUUUUUUAAGAAAGAUGAUGAUCCUGAAACUUGUUUGGAUAGUCCUCUUCCUUUACGCCAGCGAUUAAAACUAAGGUUCCAAAACACUUUAAAUGAAAUUUAAAAGAAAUAAAUACAACAUACUCUAUUGCUGUUGGCAUUA